AUGUCAAAUCCCAAUGUCAAGCUGCACUGCGCCCCAAGUGGAUCGCCAGGCACGUUGGGUUCAGCAAUUCUCUUGCAAAACAAUAUUCUCCGUCGGGCGCCUAGAGGCCGCCUGCGCCUCGGCAGCGCGCUUUCGCUGACGCGCUCCUUAAACAGAGGUGCUGUGCGGUUUCUCUGUCCAAAACCUCUCCAGAUCCUACAAGCACUGCCCCUCACCGCUGUCACGAAAGCUAUCCCAACAGCAACACCGAAAUCCCCCACCGCGGCUUUCCCAGCCAGUACCUCGAUUGUUCGUCUGUGCAUCAACGUCGGUGCGUCGACGGGCGCCCAUUUCGACAUGGAGCGCUUUUCCAAAUUCCGCCGGAGCAAAAAGGAUGCCUCCGGACCAACCCCGACGGCAGCAUCCACGGGAGACGACAGGAGCACCGGCAGCGUCUCGCGCACACCAUCCCCUCACUCCCAGAACCAGUCCCUUGCGCCGCAGCAGCCUGCUCCGGAGCAGCGCAGGAAACCUUCGCCCUUUCGCGGCCUCGCGAACCUGCGCACCUCAGCCAAGCGCGCCCGCUCCUCGCCUCCCGCCUCACUGCCGCAGUCGCCAUCGGCAGCCUCGGUGCAACACCAGAACUUUCACCUCAGCUCCCACACGGCGCCCCGGUCGCCUCUCUCAGCAAUGUAUCCCGCAUCAGAAUCGUCAGCAAACCGCUCGUUAUCGCAAUCGCGCCCUUCGAUUGGGACGGAUGACGGCUGCAGACAGCGCCGGUCCGGCUACUUCGACAGUACUACGGUUGCCGAGACUUCAAGACCCAGGAUUCCCUUCUUCUUGACCCUUUCGCAGCAAGAGAUUGAGCAAAGGUUCCAAGACCUGACUUGGCUCGAGCGCAACCGCCUCCAGCUGUCGAUGCAGAACCCGGCGCCUUCGUACCAGUGGGCGCGCGUGCCAGCUAGCACGACAGUUAAGAAGCUUGAUCGUUACGUCAACGUGCAGCCAUGGCACAACAAUCGAGUCAGACUACAGGUGCCGCCGGGGAAGGUUGACUACAUUAACGCGUCGCCCAUUGUGCUGUCGACGCGGGCGGGAGAUGAGCACCCAAGUCGGUACAUAGCUAUGCAGGGGCCCAAGAAGAACUCGGCCGAGCACGUCUGGCGCAUGGUGGUCGAGCAGCUGCGGAGUCCCGCCGUCAUUGUCAUGCUGACAGAGACUCACGAGGGUCCGGCCGAGAAGUGUUACCCCUACUUCCCGCGGUCGCCCGAGGACCCGCCCCUCGAAAUAGGCUUAUUCGAUGAGUUCGCCGACGGGUUUCGCGCGACGGUGCGUUGUGAGGCAAUUGAGCCCACCAGCGCGGGAGACGCCAUAGAGCUGCGCAAGUUGGUCAUCCGCGUUCACCGCCGUACUCCGCGUCCUACCACACCCCAACCACAGGGGAACAGCAAGAGCUCCGAAGGUAGUCCCUUGGGGACAUCGGCAGAGGACGAAGACGUGAUCAUGAUGUCGCCAACUAAAGCAGCACCAGCAACAGGGCUCACGAUGCAAAGCAUGUCCCCCGGCACAAAUCACGAGAGGGAUAUGACAGUGACACCUGAAGGGCAUUCGAACGGUGGAAGCACAAACGGGACAGAUGCGUCCGAAGACGAUGUGGAUGAGCGUGUUGUGUAUCACUUCCUGUAUACCAAGUGGCCCGACUUUGGCGUGCCAGCCCUGGAGGACCUUGACUCGUUCUUUGAGCUGAUGCGACUGUCGCGCGAGAAGAACGCGGACGUCGACAACCCCCGCAUCGUACACUGCAGCGCUGGCGUCGGCAGAUCGGGCACCUUUAUCGCGCUCGAGCAUCUGAUGCGUGAGCUGGACUCGGGCCUGCUGGAGAACUACGACGACAGGCGGAGGAGCAGGCGGAACGGCGGGUCUCCCGCGACCACAAUGGCCACGGCAACCCCGAACAAUAGAAACAACGGCCACCUCGACUUGAGCUACGACGAUGACGAUGACCUCAUCUUCAGCGUCGUCAACCAGCUGCGCGAGCAGCGGAGGACCAUGGUGCAGGCCGAGUCGCAGUAUAUCUUCAUCUACCAAGUCAUGCGCAAGCUGUGGCACGACAAGUACGGGAUCGAGGAGGACCGGGAGCCGGCGGCGAAGAGGCAUGAGGGCGAUCCCUUCGUCGGGCAAUAG